UCCUUGUAUAGACUAGUUAUUUCCCUCUGUAAAGAAGCUGUUCAGUCCGCUCUCGCCUGGUUUGGAAGGAUCCAAGGGAGGCAGUUCUUGCAGUCCUGUCUCCUUCACGCCCCUCCUCUCCCCAGUCCUGGCUAGAGCAGAGUCUGUGUGGGGAUUCCAGGCAAGAGACAAGGCAGACAAAGGUUCAUUUGUGAAGCACCUCCUUCCAGCACCUCCUCUCAUCUCCUUUUGCCCAAACUCACCCAGUGAGUUGAAGCAUUUAAGAAGCUUCCUCUGACAAGAAGAUCAAAAGGAAAGGAGAAGAAGGGGCCAAAAGCCAAAAUGAAAUUUAUGGUACUUGCUGUCAUUGUUGGGCUAACAUUGCUGCUGGGCAUCCAAGCCAUGCCUGCAAAUCGUCUCUCUUGCUACAGAAAGAUACUAAAAGAUCGCAACUGUCACAACCUUCCAGAAGGAGUACCUGACUUGACACAGAUUGAUGUAAAUGUCCAGGAUCAUUUCUGGGAUGGAAAAGGAUGUGAGAUGAUAUGUUACUGCAAUUUCAACGAACUGCUCUGCUGCCCAAAAGAUAUCUUCUUUGGACCAAAGAUCUCUUUUGUGAUUCCUUGCAAUAAUCCCUGAGAAUCUUCAUGUAUUCCGGAGAAUACCAUCCCUGAUUUCCCACAAACUGCCCUAUUAUCAGUGUAAUUGCAUUUCUAGUUUAUGUCCAGUGCAAUAAAGCACAGAUUCUAUAAAUUCUUACUUGUCUAAGAUAAGCAUACCUGUGUUAAAUAAGUAGUAAUAGAAGUUAAUUCCAU